UCUAUAUAAACGUACUUCACUUUCUCAUUCCUUAAUUAACUUCCACAACACACAAACAUUAUUUCCACCAAAACUAUGACGAGAUCAAAAUCUUGCAUUCUUGCAUUAUACUUGUUCAUAUUUACAAUUUGUGCAGCUGCAGAAACUCGAAAACCAUUCGCCUGCGACCCCACCAAUUCCGCCACCAAAAAGCUGCCGUUUUGCAAAACCGAUUUAUCGACGGCGGAGAGAGCCAAGGAUUUGAUCGGACGUCUGACAUUGCAGGAGAAGGUGAAGCUGCUCGUGAACAAUGCGGCGCCCGUGCCCCGCCUGGGGAUCAUGGGCUACGACUGGUGGUCGGAGGCGCUUCACGGCGUCUCCAACGUGGGGCCGGGGACCAAGUUCGGCGGCGAAUUCCCCGGCGCCACCAGCUUCCCGCAGGUCAUCACCACGGCGGCCUCUUUCAAUACUUCCUUGUGGGAAGAGAUCGGAAAGGUGGUGUCGGACGAGGCCCGAGCGAUGUACAAUGGCGGGCAAGCGGGCCUAACGUAUUGGAGCCCGAACGUGAACAUAUUCCGCGACCCAAGGUGGGGCCGCGGACAGGAGACUCCCGGUGAAGAUCCGGUGGCAGCCGGUAAAUACGCCGCCAGCUACGUCAAAGGUUUACAGGGAACCGGCCGCGGCGACCGCUUGAAGGUCGCGGCAUCUUGCAAGCAUUACACGGCCUACGAUCUUGAUAAUUGGAAUGGCGUCGACAGAUUCCAUUUUAACGCUUUGGUGAGUGCGCAGGAUUUGGAAGAUACAUUUAGCAUUCCGUUUAGAAGCUGUGUAAGAGAAGGCAGAGUUGCAAGUGUUAUGUGUUCUUACAACCAAGUCAACGGCGUUCCCACCUGCGCCGAUCCUAAACUUCUCCGCAAAACUAUUCGCGGCGCUUGGGGUUUAAAAGGCUACAUCGUCUCCGAUUGUGACUCCGUCGGCGUAUUCUUCAACACUCAGCAUUACACACGCACCCCCGAGGAAGCCGCCGCCGCCGCCGUCAAAGCAGGUCUGGAUUUGGAUUGUGGGCCCUUUCUCGCCCAGCACACGGAAAACGCAGUCGCCAAAGAGUUGCUGAAAGAGGCGGAUGUGGAUGCUGCGCUCACCAACACCAUCUCUGUUCAAAUGAGGCUCGGAAUGUUCGACGGCGAGCCCUCUUCCCAGCCCCACGGCAACCUCGGCCCAAAACACGUCUGCAGCGCGAGACACCAGGAACUCGCGCUGCAGGCCGCGAGACAGGGCAUCGUUUUGUUGAAAAACGAUGGCCCUGUCCUCCCUCUCUCUCAACAACGAUUGGGUUCCGUAGCUGUCAUUGGACCUAACUCCGAUGCCACUCUCACAAUGAUUGGGAAUUAUGCGGGUGUUCCUUGUGGAUAUACAAGUCCGUUGCAAGGAAUAAGGAAGUAUACAAGGACGAUUCAUAACGAGGGUUGUGGUGGCGUGGCAUGCGCCAAGGAUGAGCUAUUUGAUAGAGCGAUGGAGGCCGCCAGCAAGGCAGAUGCGACCGUUCUCGUCAUGGGACUUGACCAGUCUAUCGAGGCCGAGUUUGUGGACAGGGUCGGGCUCCUGCUGCCUGGACGCCAGCAGGAGCUCGUGACCAAGGUGGCCUCAGCCUCCAAGGGCCCCACCAUUUUGGUGUUGAUGAGUGGUGGGCCCUUGGAUGUUUCCUUCGCCCAAAACGAUGCCCGGAUUGGCGCAAUUCUAUGGGCCGGCUAUCCGGGCCAAGCCGGAGGUGCCGCCAUUGCUGAUGUUCUGUUUGGAGCACACAAUCCUGGUGGGAAGCUUCCGAUGACAUGGUAUCCUCAAGAGUAUCUCAACAACUUGCCUAUGACAACAAUGGAUAUGAGAGCUAACCCUUCCAAAAACUAUCCGGGGAGGACUUACCGCUUCUACAAAGGACCGGUGGUCUAUCCCUACGGCUACGGUUUGAGCUACACCACCUUCAAACACACCAUUGCCAAGGCACCAAAAGUGUUGACAAUCCCAAUGGGAGGCGCCCAUCGACCCAACUCCACCACCUUUUCCAACAAGUUGGUCCGAGUGGCUCAUGCUAGCUGCAAGAACCUCACACUUAGGGUGCACGUGGAUGUCGAGAACACCGGGUCGAGACACGGGACCCACACACUGCUCGUGUUUGCGUCUCCACCCGGGGGCGGCGACUGGGCCCCCCAGAAGCAACUAGUUGCUUUCCAAACACUGGGUAUUCCCGCUGGAGGGAAGCAACGAGUUGCUCUGGGUGUCCGUGUUUGCAAGUACCUUAGCGUGGUGGAUAGUGGAGGGGUCCGCCGGAUUCCGAUGGGAGACCAUGGACUUUAUAUUGGCGAUGCUAAGCAUGCGGUUUCUCUUCAGCCUCAUAAAAUGUAGGGGUUGAUCAAAUCUUGAUUAUUAUUUUUUUUAGCUAGGAUUACAUGUUUGGCCGCUAAAUCACCUCUGUUUUGCUCAAUAUUUUUAUUGUCUAGAAAGAAAGAAAAAAAUCAAAGAUGUAACAUUUUCUACUACGAAGCGAUGAUAGUAUAGUUCAAUGGAAAAUUAAUAUUUGAAAGA